UUCAACACAUAGCGUCUUGCACAAAGAUUGUCUAUUUUAUGUUUCCGGUAUAAAUAACACAUUGCGAUCAUACGUGACAAACGUGAUGCGGAUGUAUAGUAAAAGCUAUCAAAUGGUAAAUGUGAUGUGUUUAUCAUAUUAUAUUUGUCGUUAACUAAAGUCACUUAUAGCUAAGAGUAUAAAAGGAAAUCCUCUCACGUAAUGCUUUCAAUUGAAAAUUAAUUCACGAUAGUAACUAUUCUGAAGCAAUAUUGUGUUCUUACAAGAUUAUUCUUCAAAAACAUGGAGAAUAGUCGUACCAGUACUUAUCUUAUAUUUUUAAUGGUCACAUUUUUAUUAAUAUCAACUUAUAUCACGAUGGUGGUAACUGAACCAGAUAAAAUAAAUAUUCCGAGUCGCGGAUGUCCUGAGGAUCAGAAAAGAGAUAGCCGUGGGCGAUGUCGUAGAGUACUGGAGAAUUUGACACAAUAAUGCUGUUGCAGUUUAUAUUUGGGAAAGAAAGGGGAAAUGGUUAUUAAUAAGUGUUAUAAAUUAUCCAUUUUAACAAUUAUAAAUAAACUGCAAUAAACUGUACAUAUUCA